UGCACUGCAAAAACUGCAGAUCUGACCAAGUGUAAUAAUCUUAUAUUUAGAUUAGAAAAUCUACUUGAACUUGUUUUAAGUAUAAAUGGAUUAUCUAGUGCUUUCUAAGGAAGAUCAUUUGACUUAAUUCAAGUAAAUGUCACUUGCCUUGUCUUGAUAAGCAUUUUUGUCUUUGUUAGAGUUAUUUUUGACUAGAUACAAGGCACGUCUGUAAACAUCCACUAAAGUCUUAUUUAAAGUACUAGUAACUCAAGAAAAAAAGAUCUAAUUUCAAGCAUCAGCUGUGGUUAACAUUUCCCCAGCAGGUACAUUCAGGCAAAAACAGACGCUUAAAUUUUCAUCUCUUUUAAUUAUUAUCACACAGACUUUUAUCUGGUCUCUUUAAGGAAGAGAUGUCUAUAUACAAUUUUUUUUUGUUUUUAAUUUUAAAAUAUUGGCCAAAAAAACAUAAAAAAAAUAAAAUGUUCUUAAAUUGUUCACAUAUGUUGACCUGCUACAUCAUAACGCCUCACCAUGGACCUUUCCCGAGUUUACCACUUGUAUUUACAAAUUCUCUGGCUUUUAAUGUCCAAAUCAGCUGUUAAAGUGUGAAUUUCCUACUUCACGAGGACAUCCAAAUGCAUCACGAGCCACGCGCCAAAAUUAGCAGUUGUGGCUAGCGGACCUUAUCGCAUCAGUUCACCAGAGAGCCAAGGUGGGGCAGCGACCAAGCAAGAUUGCUUUUUCAUUGUGAGAUGGAGACAUUAGAUGAGGCAACUGUGUCACUCUUACAAGCAGGACAUGCCAUUGCUUUGUUCAAGGCACUUCCUUCAAUGUUCCCUUCUCCAAUGCCCCCACCCAAAAAGCUUGGACCAGCAUGUGAGGCACUGUUCCAUGUUCUUGAGCCAUCUGAGGACCCCAAUAUGUUUCUCCAGAGACGGCCCAUCACCAGUCCGGUCUUCCUGGUAGGAUCUACUAACCUUCUCCUGACCACCUUACCUAAGGAAAUGAUUCAUGAGGCUCCUCUGAUCCUCAUGGGGUGUUGUUACAUUUUCCACCUCACCUACCCCAAAUGUGGUGCCCUUUGUUGCUCUCAGCCAUCUGAGGACCCCAAUAUGUUUCUCCAGAGACGGCCCAUCACCAGUCCGGUCUUCCUGGUAGGAUCUACUAACCUUCUCCUGACCACCUUACCUAAGGAAAUGAUUCAUGAGGCUCCUCUGAUCCUCAUGGGGUGUUACAUUUUCCACCUCACCUACCCCAAAUGUGGUGCCACUUUGUUAGCCGUCAUCCAGAAUGAGGUACUGAAGGACAGUAUUCACGAGCGUGACCCCUCUGAAGACAAUCUUUACCUUGGUCCUUGUCAAUAAAAGCAUGUUUUUUUUUCCUGAGAGCAUUGUCUUGUUUCCUUAUUUUAAGCAUGUGGUCUUAUUUAGCAACCUAAAAACAAGAAUUUAAUAAAUCUUGUUUUAAGUCAUUUGAUGCUAAAAAAAUACCCUAGUUUUGAGUGAUAAUAAGCUUCUUUUGCAUUAACCAAGCUUAACUAGAUUGCUUGAAAUGAGUCUUUGUGAUCUUAUUUCAAGAUUGUAUGUGCUAUACUGACAGUCGGACAGAGUGACUUGUUUUAAGACAUCUUAGCAAGUGAAAUUCACUUACUGCACUGGCAGCCAAAUUUGCUUGUUUUAAGCACAAGCAUGCUUAUAUCUAGAAUAUUUAGCCUUAAAAUUGACAGGGCAU